CUCUCUCUCGAACAGUUUUGCCUCUGCUCCUUCCUCCUUCACGCCCACCACUAUCCCACUCGAACCCUCAACGCCGCCGCCAGUCGCGCCGCCACGCCCGCUACCCCCGGUCGUCGGCCGGAUCCCCUCCUCCGCCUACAGAUCCGGAGAUCCCGGCCUCGUUGCCGCAGGAUCCCGUGCUCAGCGGCGCUCGUCCCGCCACCAGCUUGGAGCAGCGACCACAUGGAAAUGGCGACCUCGCCCGGACGCCGUUGAUGCCCGAGACAACCGCCGGAGCCAGGAGCAGCAGUCCGAAGGCCGAGAGCCCUCGCCCAAACCACAAGAGAAGUGUCAAGCAUGACUGCUGAAUGGAGCGUUGAGAACACUAAGAUUGUAUGUGAGUUGUUCGCCGACCAAGUGGACGCUGGAAAUAGGCCAGGCAAUUAUUUGACCCCAAAUGCAUUUGAUGAGGUGACAAGACAAUUUAAGAUGAGAACCGGGCUUGAUUACACACACACACGCAAUUGAAAAACAAAUGGGACAAGCUUAAAGCUGAUUUCACCUUGUUCAAGAAACUCAAGUUUCGGGAGACCGGAGCCGGAUGGGACUAUGUGAACAACACCGUGUCACAAGAUGAUGAGUGGUGGAAGAAGGCUAAAAUUGAUAUUAAAGGUUGUGGCAAGUUCAAGAAGAAAGGACUUGCUAAUGAAGAAAAGUUGCGGGUUAUUUUUGGAGAUAUCACAACCGAUGGUACUGACCAUUGGAAUCCCUCUUCUGGCAUACCUCCCCCCUCUAGUGCGGCAGUGAAAGAAUCCAUCAAUGUUGAUGAGAUCGAGGAUCUUGAUUUGGAUGAUACGGAAGAACAAGCAUCUCAGGCAACACCUACUUCAUCUAAAGUGAGGCUUGGAAUCAUCAUUCCAGAGAAGAACAAGAAACCCAAGACUGCCCAAGUGAUGUGUGAGCAAGUUACAAGGAUUGGUGACAUUGCCGAGGCUUCUCACUCAUCAUUUCAGUCUUUCCUAAAGCAAGAUGAGGCGAAAGUGAUGAUGACACUCAUUAUGAAAGAAAGAAAAUUAUGGUUUUCCAAUAUCAACAUGAUAUGGACAUGCGUUGCUCAGGUGUGUCAUCCAUAGUUGGUAAGUAUUGUAAAAGUUGGGUCAUGAAGGCCGAGCCUAGGACAUCUAGGUUGACUGGUUUUGAAUGGUUGCAAGAGACUAUUGGCACACCCGGAGAGACGUACACAAUGUUGAGAAUGAAUGCACAUGUGUUCUUUGAUCUUCAUGACAAGUUGGUGGCGAAGUACGACCUCAAAGAAACAUGCUUUGUUACCACUUAUGAGUCUCUUGCUAUGUUCUUGUGGACCUUGGGGGGUUGUGAAUCAAAUAGGAGGACCCAAAACCGUUUCAAACAUGGAGCAGAUACAGUCCACCGUAAGUUCCAUGAGGUUCUACAUUGUGUGAUCAAGAUGUCAUCUCACUACAUUAGGCCUCAAGACCCAAAUUUUCACAUUGUGCAUGAUAGGAUUAAGCGUGACAAACGGGCUUAUCCUCACCUCAAAGACUGCAUUGGUGCAAUAGAUGGGACACAUGUUAGGGCUUCUAUUCCGGAGGGACCGUCAAAAGUAAGGUACAUUGGAAGAACGGGUGCAACAACUCAGAAUGUGAUGGCAGUAUGCAACUUUGAUAUGCAUUUCACAUAUGCUUCAAUUGGACAACCGGGUUCUAUGCAUGACACAAGUGUGCUAUUCCAUGCUAUUGAAAAUGACAAGGCUACAUCCCCACAUCCUCCCAAGGGCAAGUACUACCUUGUAGACGCCGGUUAUCCUAACAGAGAUGGCUAUCUAGCACCCUACAAAGGAGAACGCUAUCACGUCCCAAACUUCCAAAGAGGUGCGCCCCCAACUACUCCCGUAGAGAAGUUCAACCGGAUCCACUCUUCCAAGCGCAAUACCAUAGAGAGAACCUUUGGUGUGUGGAAGAUGAAAUGGCAAAUCUUGCUCAAGAUGCCAAACUACUCGAUUGCAACACAAAAAAUGAUUGUUGCGGCUACCAUGACACUACACAACUACGUCUGCCUCCAUGACAAAGAGGAUCUCCACUUUCUUCGAUGUGAAAGGGAUCCGGAUUAUGUUCCAACCAUUCCUGAUAGAUACAAGAAGUAUGCUAUUCCUUCAAAUGCAUCGGAUGCUUCAACAACGGCAGAAAGUGGUCCUAACAUGGAUUUGUUUAGGCAUGAACUAGCUACCGCCAUUGCUCUUACUUGGUGAAGUAAUCAUGUUCGUGAUUUUAGAUGUGUGACCAUAUUGCAAACUUAUAUGCAAAUGUAGCUUUUGCUGUAUGACACAUGAGAGAACUAGUUUCUACUAAAUUAUAAAUUAU